UGCUGGAACACGACAGACGCGGCUAGGUCUAGCCUCUUCUAUUAAGCUAUGCUCAUGUGUUCUUCAUAUUCCAUGUUACUGCCGGGUUACACCUUCAUUUUGCUACUACUGCACGCGAAGACUACGGUAUUGACAGGUUACAUCCGCUCUUGAUCUCUCAUUACCGGACCCAUUCAUUCCAGUAGCGAUCGCCUUCCCCGCUUGGUGGACACAGAACGACGGAAAGCAGCGAUGAUCUGGAUGCUUCCGAUCGAUUUGUAUUCCUUUUUAAAAUGUUUCUUUAUUCAAGUUAUUCAUGUCCUCUACCUCCUUUUCUAUCAUUUUGACGCGUGGUUGAAAAGCAUCAUGAAGUUUGCGACCUGGUUUUUAACGGCCUCUCUGGUUUUCUCUGACAUAGGAGCGUGUCAUCCCAACAAUACAAGGACGUUUACCAAUCCUAUUCUACAGAAGGAGGCGGCGGAUCCUUGGGUGUUCCUUUAUGAGGAUGGGCUCUACUACAUGAUUCUGUCGGCCAACAACGGUCUAGAAUUAUUGCGUAGCCCAAGGCUCACGGACUGGAACAACGCCGAGUCAAGGACAAUCUUCACUCCACCGCCCGGUACGAAUUACUCUACGGAUAUUUGGGCUCCAGAAUUGCACUCGAUAGACGACCGUUGGUACGUGAUAUUCACCGCCGACCCGAACAAUGACAGUCCGAUUCCUGAAGUCGACAUGCUCUGCGACUACAACUGUCCAGCUGUGUUUCACCGCAUGUAUGUUCUAGAAGGGUCAGUAUCACAUCCAUGGGAAGCCGAAUAUACCUUCAAAAGUCAACUUGACACCUACGACCAAUUCGCGAUAGAUGGAACCUAUUUCCAGCACAAAUCGGGAUUGUACCACAUCUAUAGCUGUUGGAUCAACCAAUACGAUGCCUGGCCCGCAAAUCUAUGCAUCACAAAGAUGUCCAAUCCCUGGACAGUGAGUUCUACACUCGAGGAGCGGCAAAUUCUUUCUGCGCCUACAAAGCCCUGGGAGAAAACCCCGUACAAUCGAACCGUCAAUGUUCGCAUGUCGUCCAAUGAAGCCCCUCAACAACUGGUUAAUGAAAAGACCGGCCAGCAAUUCAUUAUCUACUCUGCCGCUCGCUCGGAUAACAGAAAUUACUGUUUGGGUCAGCUGGAGCUGGUUGGAGACGAUCCUAUGGAUCUUUCUUCGUGGAAAAAGUUAGAAGAAGGACCUGUGUUUUACCAGAACCCCGAGGAAGAAGCUUUUGGUGUAGGGCAUGCCAGCUUCACCAAGAGCCCGGAUGAAACAGAAGACUGGAUUGUGUACCAUGGCAUGAGAGACCCGACUUUUGGAUGGUCCGCCAGGACGAUCAGGGCCCAGAGGUUUUCGUGGAAUUACGACGGUUCUCCCCGAUUCCCCCGGCCUGGAUAUGGCCCAUAUGAAGCACCAUCAGGACAGAGGUGAACACAGGUAUUCAACGGGUUGGUAUUGCGUUGAAAGUUUAUAAUACAUAUGCUCUAACUGUGG